UUUUUUUGUCUUUUUUUUAAAGAAACUCCUCGUAAUGCCUGUGUCGCUCAUCUCUCUCACUUCUGUGCCUACCAGUGAGAAACCGGAACCCAUUUCUGCAAUUUAAUUAGAAAAGGCGCCGCUUUAGAGAUAGAAGCUCCUUUUGCUGCUAUAUCCUCUGCCAACGAUUUUAUUUCAAGUUGUUGCUGAAAUUGUUGGGAUAGAUUGGUGGGUAAUGGCUGCCAGGGCUUCGAGGAGGUUACUGAGAGAGUUUCUGUACAAAAAGAGGACAAUUGUUGGAGGUGUGCGAUGUAUGAACUCGUCUGCACCAGAAACUCUUCCUAAAAUACCUCACUUCUCCAGAAAAGGUAGGCUGUUGACGGGAGCCACCAUAGGACUUGUUAUUGCUGGAGGAGCAUAUGUGAGUACUGUGGAUGAAGCAACUUUCUGCGGUUGGCUAUUCAAUGCGACAAAACUUGUGAAUCCAUUUUUUGCCCUUCUAGAUGCGGAGGAUGCUCAUACACUUGCUGUAUCAGCUGCUGCUCGUGGUUGGGUUCCAAGGGAGAAGAGGUCUGACCCAUCCAUUUUAGGAUUAGAGGUUUGGGGAAGAAAGUUCUCUAACCCAUUAGGUCUUGCUGCUGGUUUUGAUAAAAAUGCUGAGGCUGUUGAAGGCUUGCUUGGUUUGGGUUUUGGCUCUGUAGAGGUUGGCUCUGUUACCCCUGUUCCGCAAGAGGGUAAUCCAAAGCCGCGCAUUUUCAGAUUGCGUGAGGAAGGGGCAAUUAUCAAUCGCUGUGGCUUUAACAGUGAAGGAAUUGUUGCUGUUGCAAAGCGAUUGGGUGCCCAGCAUGGAAAGAGGAAGUUGGAUGAAACUUCAAGCACUUCAUCUUCUCCAAGCGAUGACGUCAAACAUGGAGGUAAAGCUGGUCCUGGCAUUCUUGGGGUUAAUCUUGGGAAGAACAAGACAAGUGAGGAUGCUGCUGCGGAUUAUGUACAAGGGGUUCAUACGUUAUCUCAGUAUGCUGAUUACUUGGUUAUUAAUGUUUCAUCACCCAAUACUCCUGGAUUGCGAAUGCUUCAGGGAAGAAAACAAUUAAAGGACCUUGUUAAGAAGGUUCAAGCUGCUCGUGAUGAAAUGCAGUGGGGUGAGGAGGGCCCACCUCCUCUGCUUGUAAAGAUUGCACCUGACUUGUCCAAGGAAGACCUAGAAGACAUUGCAGCAGUUGCUCUUGCACUUCGCUUGGAUGGACUGAUUAUAACAAAUACAACUAUAUCAAGGCCAGAUCUUGUAAGGAAAUAUCCAGUGGCUGAGGAGUCUGGAGGUUUAAGCGGCAAACCUCUUUUCGAUCUUUCUACCGACAUCUUAAAAGAGAUGUAUAUUUUGACAAGGGGAAAGAUUCCUCUAAUAGGUUGCGGGGGCAUAAGCAGUGGUGAGGAUGCAUACAGGAAAAUUCGAGCCGGAGCAACUCUCGUUCAAAUUUAUACAGCAUUUGCCUAUGGUGGACCUGCCCUUAUUCCUCAAAUAAAGACUGAAUUGGCUGAGUGCUUGGAAAGGGACGGCUUCAAGUCCAUCCUCGAAGCAGUUGGUGCAGAUUAUAGAUAAUGCCAUGAGUGCCCAUGCCUUCAAAGAAUUAAAUAGAAGACAACAUCUAUGCAUAUGGAACAAUUAACCAUACAAAAGGUUUCAGAGUUGUCUUUAUUUCAUUAUAGAGCAACAUGGUUACCUGCUUACUACAGUUUUGCUUUGGCUGCCUUUAUCGGGCAUUGAGAUCUUUGUUUUUUCUUCUUAAUUUUUUCAUUUCCUUUUUUUUUUUUAUUAUUGUCUGCGUUUUGGCUAGAGUGGAGAUCUUAUGACUUGUUAAAUAUGAGAACAUUUUUCAAAGUUAUUAGUUAGUCAAUUGCAGGAAGAUCAUGCUCAUUUUCCUUUAUAAGGAUCAUUGUUGUAAGACGUGCUUUUGAUAUUAAUAAAAAUGCCCAUUGAUGUA